AUGAGAGAGUUUGGCUUCUUUCUUCUGUGCCUCCUCCGCAUCUCCAGGAAGGGCGUGCAGUCCAACAGCUGGUCUGUUCAUGUCCCAUCUGAUGUCACCGGUGAAGUUGGGAAGAUGGUGAUCCUGCCCUGCACUUUCACACACCCCUACAAAACGUUUGACCGGACCCUCACUGCCAUUUGGAGGAUCAAGGAACCUUACAACGGCACGGUGGUCUUCAAGUGUGUCAGCCAGAGCUCCAGCGAGCUCUGUAAGACUGCUGUCAGCUACAAAAACAAAUACAAGCUGCUGGGCAACCCCCGGCACAAGGACCUUUCCAUCAGGAUUGACAACCUGACCUGGAGCGACAGCGAGAGAUACUUCUGCCGGGUGGAGUUGUCUGGAGACAUCCAUGACAAGUACGAAAGCAGGAAUGGGAUAAAGCUGCAUCUGAUUGCUGCUCCCAGGAUCAUCAACAUCACCGUCAGCUCCAACGGGGAUCGCACCUUCCAGGCACGAUGCACUGCCGAGGGGGAGCCAGUCCCUGCUCUGACCUGGACAGGACCUCCCUCCACCAACCUCACCUCCACCACCAGCAUGAACCACCGCGUCACCAAGGAGCUCCGGUACCUGACCCAGGAUGGAAAAUACACCUGUACCGCCGUCAACAGCCACGGGAGAGCGGAGGGGGCUGUCUACUUCUAUAAAUUCAAAGCAUCCAACAGCUCCUUCUUCCUCGUCCUGAUCUUGGUGCCGCUGGGAAUUAAAGUGCUCAUUUUGCUGGUGAUGGUGGGCUUCACCUUCUUCUCGAAGGGAGGCCACAGCUGCAAGACUCCACCUACGAGAACUUUGACCGCAGACUCGGCGGCAGCCAGACUCUGCCCACAGAAAGAAGAGCAUCAAGACGCAGCUAAGGACCUGGGCGACCUCCUCCCCACCCGCUCCCACCUGCUCCAAACACACCUGCCUCCCCUGGUGAACAUGAGACUGCCGCCCAGCGAUGUGCAGAAGGUCAAACAGGCCUUGCAGGUCCAUGUUUUCCACCUCUGA